AUGCUGAAUACAUAAUCAUAUCAUCCUCAGAGAAAUAGAAUGGUGAGUUAGAGCAAAUAAAUUUAGAAAGCUCAUCCUAACCAAGUUUAUAAAUAAUCUAGCCAGUAAUUAAAUAAUAACAGAAAUUUUGCACAUAGCAACUAAAAUGUUGCCUAAAGGCCAUUUAAAAUAGUUAUAAUGGCAUAAUAAGAAGAGAAAUCAAUAAAUCAAACUUAAACUCAAUAAAAGGAUUAAAAAAUGAGUGAAAAUUUACCAACGAAAUCUGAUUAAGAAGUAUAAACAUAAAUAAUACAGGAGAUCCCUUUGCAGAGUAAGGAAUCUAAACCUUAAGAAAUAUAAAAUACUGAUCAAAUUGCAAAAGCAACAAAAGAGGAGCCUAAACCUUAGAAGCCAAUCAUUAUAAGUGAAGAGGCGAAAAAGAGAGAGUAAGAGCUUAACUUGUAAUAUCUUAUGAUGCAAAAACUGUUGUAUGCUAAAGAACCAUUUUCUAAUAAGCAGUAUUAGCAAACAAACAGGAAAGAUUAAACGAAUAGUAAAUAUGGAGAGGAUGACAAUGAAGAAAUUCAAGAUGAGAGUGUAAAUUUACUUUCUGAUGAAGAAGAUUAAUAGCAUCAAGGGGAGGCUUAUAUUGAUAGUAGUUUGAUUGACUAAAAUGCUAAUUUUCACCUCAAAAAUAGAUAGAAAGGUUUUGAUGGGUUCUAGAAAUUGAUAUGCCCAUUGUGUCUAAAAUUCAUGUACAAGUGUACAUCAGCAGUAUGUGGUCACUCUUUUUGUGAAAAAUGCUUAGAUGAAUACCUAAUAAUAAGAGAAAGCUGCUUUGUUUGUGAUGAGUUUAUAAAGAAGAGACCUCUUCAAAGUUGCUUUUCCAUUGAUAAUGUGAUAGACUAACUCGUUUUAAAUUCCCAAAAUAAGGAAUAGAUUGAAAUUUGGGAGAAAUAGAAAUUAGAUCAUAAAACUUGGACUGAUUAAAGAAAGCUGAAGAACGUUGAGGUUGGAGACUUAGUUGAUAUGAGAGACAAUGUUUAUAUAUGGUGUGUAGCAACAGUAACAAUGAAAAUUGAAAAAGCAAAUAAAGAGCCACUUUUAAUAGUUCAUUAUGAGGGAUGGAACAAUUACUAUGAUGAGUUUGUUAAAAUUUCCUCAAUAAGAUUGGCACCAUUGGGCUUCUACACAAGUAGAAAUGACAUUCCUAAAUAUUAACUCAAAUAAGAAAAUGCGAUGACUGGAGAUAUCAUAAAUAGAAUUCCACCCAAGAAGGUCAAAGAUCAGCAAGUAGAGAAUAAAACCAGCAGCAAUCAGGGAAGCAAGUCUGAAAAUCAAUCACAAAAGAAAGAACAAAUAGCGGAAUCUGGAACAAGCAAUAAUUAAGCUUUGUCGUAGGAGCAGAAAGAUCUUAUCUAAAUGAGGCGCGAAGCAAAUGCUCAUAUAGGUGACACUCUAUAUGAUAAGAUUGAUGAAUAUUUCGAUGCUCUAUAAAGGCUUAGCAAUGGCGAGAUAAAUGAAGAUAAAAAUCCUCGCUAUCAAGUAUAUUAUGUCAGGAAUUACAUAGAUUAUCUUAACAAAGGCCAUAUAGAAGAAGGUGGUAGUAUAAUAGAUUAGAUAUUCAAUGAUGUUCCCCCAAGCAUUAUUCAAAACUAUUAGAAUUCUAUGUAAUAAAAUGCUAUUGCUAGGAUAGAUUAGAAUCCCUAACUAUAAUAGCAACAUUAAGCUUUAGUUAGAUAGCCUGGAUUCGGAGGAUUGAUGCCUCCGAGAUGA